UUUGAAAAUAAAGAAUGAGUCUUAUAUAUUUAUUUUCUCUUAAAAACACAACUCAUCCAGAAUAUGCAUUCACAUUUGAAGCAGAUGUUAUGAGUUAAGAUUUUCAUCCUUAAAGUCUAGCAUUAUUGGCUGUUGGAUUAUAUGAUGGAACAGUGUUAAUUUAUGAUAUUAGAAAUAAACUUAAAAAACCAAAUUAUUAAUCAACAGUAAGAACAUAAAAACAUACAUAUCCUGUAUGGUAAGUAAAAUGGAAUCCAGAUAUUUCAAAGAACUAUAAUUUUUAUUCAAUAUCAUCAGAUGGUAGAGUAAUGAAUUGGGUUCUUAUGAAAAAUAAAUUAGAACCUGAAGAAGUCAUUAGAUUAAGAUUAGUUGGUAAAAAUGAAGAGGAAAGUGCAUUGAUUGGAUUAGCUUCUGUGGUUUAUGUUUUGAUUUUAAUAAAUUUGAACCUCAUAUAUUUUUAGUAGGUACAGAAGAAGGAAAAAUCCAUAAAUGUUCUAGAGCAUAUUCUGAAUAAUAUUAGGAAACCUAUUAAGUAAAAUUAUAUAAUAAAAAUAAAUAGGGUCAUAAUUUGGCAGUUUAUAAUGUAAGAUAGAAUAAUUUUCAUGAUAGAACUUUCAUACCAGCUUCAGCAGAUUGGAUAGUAAAAAUACAGGACUCAAAAAUUCCAUCAUAAAUUAUGAGUUUUGAAUAAGGAAUGU